AAAAGGAAAAAAGAGAAGCAGAAUUCACAUUAUAUUGUCCAAAUUUUAUUAUGGAGCGUAAAGUGUGGAAAUCACUGUGACACACUGGAAAGAUGACAUUAUCACAUUACAGUAGCUGGAGUUUGGCCAUGUCAUAAAAUCAUCUGUCUCAUUUUUUUAAAGAAAAAUCAUCCUACACACAGACAUAUGUCAGUCUAUCUUUUGUGGCGCAGGAUCAGCAGCUAACUAAUAAAGAAAGUCCUGGUUCCAGACUCAUUCAGUGUCAGAUGAUACAGUACUCCCUUUCAGUAAAGUUUUCCGCCAAUUUCACACAUAAACAUCAGUUUGGUACACAUGACAUGUACUACUUGGUCUAUGAAAACAGUUUUAUAAGGUGUUCUGGGGCUCUUGAGGAGCUUUGUUGAGUAUAAAAAGUAAUUACUAGUUCAGGGGAUUGGAUUUUCAGCAGGCAGUCUGCAAGACAAAACAGAGGUGUGGUGUUUUGAGGAUGGUUGUUAAGCUACCAUGCUACAAUGCAGUACUGAGUUGCCUCCCCAGGCAGCUUAACAACCAUUCACACCUGGGCUCACCUAGCCCUUAGAAACCCCCAUGAAGGCCAUUUAAGUCAACAACCCACAAGUGAUCUUAAGGACUCUGAAAUGCAGAGCAUUCAAGUGUCCUUAACUUUGUUCGUGGGGAAAGCUGCCACGUUAUUUUACUGUGAAGCUCCAGAAAUGUUUUUUGGACUAUGAAACUUCACCUGACUGUCCAUUGGUAUUGGGGGGUGAGUAGAUAAUGACUGAAUUUAACAUUUUGGGUGAACUUAGCCUUUAAGUUUAUCACCAGAAAAGUAAAGCUGAUGAGAAUCUACACGUAUAAUCGUGUUUUAAUGAUUUGAUGUCAGCAUUUAUAAUGUGACAAUGAUGAAAAGAAAUGUAUCCCAAUAUCAAACGUAUGACAUAUUUGGGAGUGAGCCGCCAAAGCGGAAAACCUGGACUCAUUGAUAGACCAAUGAAAAGAUGGCUGCAAAUAGCAACAGAUGACGUCGACGCCCACUACAUGAUUGGUGUAGGUGACGCGCGGGCUGUUGCAACGUCAAACAUCGUCCCUCUGGUCGUGCCAUGCGCACUCACGGUUGUUGUUGUUGAGCUGGUUGUUAUGGCUGGACAAGGCCUCGGAAUAAACUGAGAGAGGACCCCCGUACCACCCCGUCUCUGCUGCGGGACACCCAUGGAGGGCACGGACAUGGACGUGGACGCGGAGCUCAUGCAGAAGUUCAGCUGCAUGGGCACCACGGACAAAGACGUCCUCAUUUCGGAGUUUCAGAGGCUGCUGGGCUUCCAGCUCAACCCAGCCGGCUGCGCCUUCUUCCUGGACAUGACCAACUGGAACCUGCAGGCUGCUAUUGGUGCAUAUUAUGACUUUGAAAGUCCUAACGUCAACACGCCUUCCAUGUCCUUUGUUGAAGAUGUGACAAUUGGGGAAGGAGAGUCAGUUCCUCCAGAUACACCAUUCACAAAGACCUGGAGAAUACAAAACACAGGUGCAGAGUCGUGGCCACCCGGGGUUACUCUCAAGUACAUUGGUGGGGAUCAGUUUGGGCACGUAAACACAGUUAUAGUUAAGUCUCUAGACCCCCAGGAAAUAUCAGAUGUCAGUGUGCAGAUGAGAAGUCCUACAGCUCCCGGCAUGUACCAGGGCCAGUGGAGGAUGUGUACAGCCACCGGAUUAUUCUAUGGAGAUGUAAUCUGGGUGAUUCUUAGUGUAGAAGUUGGAGGUCUCCUCGGCGUGACCCAGCAGCUGUCUUCGUUCGAGACAGAAUUCAACACCCAACCCCAACGCAACGUGCAGGGAGACUUCAACCCUUUCGCCUCGCCACAGAAGAACAAGCAUGACACCACUGACAACAGCUUCAGAGAUCCCGGCGGAGCCUGGGAACGUACACAAGAGCCAAUCCAGCAAGAUCAAAAUGGACUGUCUCAUAAUGCUGUAAAUAGAGCGUCAAAUGGUCUCCAAACCAAUCUUUCUGUGGUGACUUAUGGUCAGGGUAUUCAUGGACCCUAUCCAUUUGGACAGAGCUAGAAUGACAAAGACCCCCCCCCCCCCCCAAUAGUGGAUGAUGACCUUAACACCCUGGGAGUCCUUAAACGCAGAGGAGUCGGAGGGGGGAGGAACAGUUGUUUUAUAUUGACUCAUGACAACCCUCUCCCCAGCCUCAUGGCCCUUUCCACAGAAACACAAACUACAGUGGGAUGACGGAUUACAUCCCAUCUGACAUCAACACCCGGAUUCGCAUGUGUGAAUGCUUCAUUUAAGAGUGCUAUAAACCCUUGAAAAAUGGAUACACACGAGUAUUUUUAUUUUCCACCGUAAAACACGGCUAAUUAAAGGGAAAACCAACCCUAAACGAUUUGCAUACAAUCUGAUAAUCCCGUGAGUCAAUCUCAUACUUUAGUCUGUCUCCUUGGGGUUCCUACACAGGUCUGUAAAUGUUAGAAAACUGCAGGGACAGUUAAUUGUCAUAGUAGAUCAUUUUGAGGUGUGUUCUAAAGAGACUGUAAAAUAUUUUGUACUACAAGUGUGUGUGUGUGGAUUGUUUGUAGUUCUCUAGGGGAGAAUCAUAAACCAGUUCAACACACAAACAUGGUGAAUGAUUUGAGAUGUUAAACAAGUUUGAAGUAAUUAACAGAACUGCUCUAAGUUCAUGGUUAGAUCUGGACAAUAGAGACAGGAGAGAUCAUUCACAUCAUGGAGCUAUAUAAAAUGGUUGUGAGUUCAAGAUUUGGAUUUCUGAAGGUAAACAAAUAUGGCAUCAUAUCUGUUAAAUUCUCCAUGAACGUCUGAAUUUGGCUGUCAUGAAGCAUCCACAGCCGCUGGGUUUCUGGACUCUUUGAUAUUAUUCGACACCAGGAUGGAACUGCAGAGAAGUUUGAGUUUUCCUGCUUCAAUUACAAACUAAGAUUGUGACAUGAACACUUUUUUUUUUAAACAUGGGAAACAUAACUAUAAUUACUCAAGUGUGCUAAACUUUAAAGAUAUUUCGAGAACAAAUAAUCGGUCUGGUCUGGUUUUGGACCUUCUUUGAACCCAGGCUGCUGUGCCAGGUCAGAUAACACUAGAACUUAAUCAUGACAUUUAAUUUAUUUUGACAGUUGAUGAAGACAGAAGAUGAAAGAAGUCAAAACUCUUAUUCCAGUGUUUUAAACGCUAUUAUUUUCAAAUCUAUUUACUCUCCUAUGACAGUCACCUGAAUAUCUUUUGGGUUCUUCAGAACCACAUUGAACACCACAUACUCAAAUUCAAACUUGGUCAAAGAUCGUAGCAAAUAUCAUCCAGUUUUCUAAAGAGAAUAUGAGUCACUCCUGUGUAGGAACCCUGUCUCUCCCAAAGAUAAAAUCCAGAGAACCAAGACACUAAUCUGUUCAGUCGUCAAACCACACCGACUGCAGGCUCUGACUGCACGAGACGUGUGUUUUCUUUUUAGGGUGGGUUUUCGCUUUAAAUAGAUGCUGAAGUGCGAAAAAGGAUGCGAGUGAGUUUGAGCAAAUGAGGCGAGAGGAAGGGUUGAAAAAGCCAUCUAAAUCUAUUUUGCCUGACGAGUGAGUGUAUUUUCUGAGACCAUGUCUACGGUAUGUGUUCUAGACGUACGAGUGUGUCUGUGUGUGUGUGGGUGUGUGCGCAUGUAUGUCAUGGUUUCUCUUUGGAUUUAACUGACAUAAAAUGGUGUAUACUACUUGGGCAAAGGAUGACAUGUCUAUUUACAUUCACAUCACUAUCGAGAGAGCUCUGCUGGGUGUGCGCCGCUGAAGUAUUGUUGAGUGUUUCUGCACCAUUUGGAAGAACUGACUCACUAAUUGCCCUGUUGUUAUUUAUUUGCUGUCUUACUGUGCACUGCAGAUACAAAAAAAAGUCCUAUUUACAACCAGCAGGUGGUGCUAAAAAUCAAUGACCAACUUUAACUUGACUUGACAUCAUGUUGAGUGAAGGAAAAAAGAUGUAAGUUGAGGUUUCUAGUAAGACUGUUUGUUUGAAUAUGAAAAUUAAUGGUUUGCAUCAGGAUUAGCACUGAUGUUCUGUUACUGCUAUUUGCACAACGCUGUCCACCACCCUCUGAGGAGGAAAUGUGGUGAUUUCUUUGGCUGAUUGUGGAUCGUGAUACCAGCAUUUUCUGGAAGGUUUUUAUUGAAUUGUUUUGCUUUUCUGCUCUCCCCUCGAGGGUCAUGUUAUUCACAGGUUUGUUUUCAUGGUAUUUUUGUAACCACAUUUUUUUUUUCUAACAUCAACUCCAUCACUGCAUCAAUGUCUGAUCUUAAAAAUGAAGAUUGAUUUUUAAUGAGGUUUACUGCAAAUAAGUUACACGGUCUGUCUGUUAUCACAUCUGAAUUUUGCUUCAGCUUUCAGCAGGUUUCUUCAUGUAUUUUGGGCCUUAAAUAAAAUGGUAGACGUUGAUUGAAAUGGGAUAUAUUUCAUUAAAAAAAGCCUUUUCUGAGGGUGGUUUUAAUUGAUCAAACUUCCCCUGGUUGCGAUUAUGAGCAUCUAAAUGUUACUGAUGAUCAUGUGUUCCCGUUUGUAAAAUUCACCAGCAUUCUGUGUCGCAUCGCUGCUGUUAUUUGUACUGAGAGUCCUCCUCCCAAACAGUAUACACUGUUCUGCAUCGCC